CUCGCGUUUUCACGAUGUUCAAGUUUUAUAUCUUUUUGGUAGUUCUGGUAACAAAAGUUUUAUCUCAAGCAGAUAUUUCUGGUAAUACAACAGCGAAUCCAGAUGUUUUAGUUACCGAAACUUCUGUUGCUGCUGAAGUGAGUACUGGCAGUGCAACAGUGAACUCAAGUGUUUUAGUUACCGAAACUUCUGUUGUUGCUGAAGUGAGUACUGGAAGUGCAACAGUGAACUCAGGUGUUUUAGUAACGGAAACUGCUGAUGCUACUAAAGUGACUAAUGGUGCUGUAACAGUGAACCCAGAUGUCUUAGUAGCCGAAUCUUCUGCUGUUGCUAACGUUACUGCUGGUGCUAUAACAACAAAUCCAGACGUUUUAGCAACCGAAACUGCUGCUGCUGCAAAAGUAACUGUUGGCAAUGUAAAUGCAAAGCCAGAUGUUUUAUCAACCGAAGCUUCUGUUGUUGCUAAAGUGACUACUCGUAAGGUGAAGCUCACUGUUUUAUCAACAGAAUCUACUGUUGUUGCUAAAGUGACAGAUGAUGUCAAAGAUUUCGUCAAUGAAACUGCACCCCCGAAGCAGACUUACAAAGAAGCUGAAAAAGAAAUUACUGAUUUCAUAAAUUCCCUGCUUCGGAGCUUGUUACCUAAAAUUAUUGGGGGAUCUGGAACAGCAAAACUUAGUCAAAAAUGCACCGGAGCAAUGAUGAAAAUUUUUGGGAAUGUCCGAAGAUUGAAAGGUUGGACACUGAAAAUGCUCGACAGCAUGGGCAAGCCAACUGCCGGCAUUCUGAAGGGGAACUCUCACUCGAUGGGCAACUACGACCAGUGCGUGGCUCUGUCGGUGACCAGCAGGGGCAAGGAGACAUCCGAUCCCUCCGAAGCGAUGUUCCGAGGCAUGUACUGCAAAAUAAAAGUCCGAUUUUCCGACAUUGUCAUAGAAACGGCGAAGGAGUACAACAAGGGAAAGAUCAACGCUACAGAUCUUGGGAAACUCAAAGAAGUCAUACAAACAAUUCCCUACAUUCCAUUUAUGUCUGAGUACAUGAACCACUUCCUUGGGUUAUGCUUCCCAUCUUCGUGUACGAUAGACGAUGUGAGUGAACUGAUAAAAGUAGUGGAAUUUCCUGGAGUUGCAGCUGUUGACCGAUGCGAAAUAAAAACGGAUACGGAAGCAGAUCACACUCAAUUAAUAAUUCUAUGCAUCUUCCUGUUCCUGAUUUGCCUCGUUAUUAUCAGCACAUUCGUCGAUUGGUUACUGCAUGUGGGAAGGAAAAGAAAUCAGUUAGAAAAAGGCGACAAAAGGUGUGUGUCUGUGACUGUCUCAUUCUCAUUCUGCAACAAUAAUAAACGCCUGAUGAAAAACGUAGAAGACGACACCGAAGGAUACCUGUCGGGGCAAAGUGUCCGUGGCAUCAUUGUAGCUUCGGUUGCCUGGGUUACUUUGGGACACACAUAUAUAUUCCCGUACGAUGCGUUCUAUGUACAGUCGGGCUCUCUGCAAAAUCUACAAGAUUAUUUGUCUCAGGAAUACUUUUCCUAUAUCGUGAAUUUUCCGUUAGCAAUUGACGCCUUAUUUGUUUGUAGCGGAUUUCUCUUGACAUAUCCUUUGUGGUAUUCUUCCAGCAAGACCCAAAACGUAAAAGUGAGCUUAUGCUACCUAAUUGUGAAGCAUUACAUAAAACUUUGCUUGCCGUUACUGAUGACUAUUGGAGUAAUCAUUUUACUACCACUUGUUGGUUCGGGACCUAUGUGGGGAGAGUUCCUAACUGAUGCCAUUUCUUGCUGUCGGAAUAACAUAUGGGCCCAGGUUGGAAUGUACAGCAAUUUUCUUGACAUAAAUGAGCAGUGCUUUCCUCAUCUUUGGUAUGUGUCUUGCCUAGCGCAGCUGACGUUAAUUGGAAUUAUUUUGUGCUGGAUUUUGUCUAAGAGCAUGAAGCUUGGAGUGUUACUAGUAAUAUUGGGGAUCGCAUCAUGUAACGCAGUGGUGGCAAUAAUUACUCACAGAAAUGAUUUACCACCAUCUUACGUUGCAUAUUUUACAGAAGAGUCAUCUAAUUUGUUUUUCAAAAUAAAUUACUCGUUACCUUUGAGUCACUUUGGACCCUAUGUGAUUGGAAUGUUGGUUGGAAUUAUUGUGGCUAAGGGAGCUCACCACAAAAUAAGAACAUGUUUGUCCGGGAUCAUUUGGAUCGCUUGCAUAGCUCUGAUCUAUGGCUUGAUGUACGUGUUGUACGUUCAUCGUACCGACGCACUGGGAGCUUAUUGGUCUGCGAUCUACGCUGGAAAUCACAGGACGGUUUUUGGACUGUGCGUGGCUUGGGUACUGGUCGCUUGUGCUUUUGACACUGGAGGUUUCGUGAAUGCUAUAUUUUCUUGGAGGAUAUUCGACCCGUUGUACAGACUUAGCUAUUAUUCGUAUCUCCUUCACGUCGUCAUCAUCGCUUUCACACUCGGAACAGCGAGAACCAUUCACCAUUAUGACCACUGGGAAUUGAUGCUAAGAGCGGGCUCUUACAUCAUGGCUUCCUACGUCUUAGGAUAUUUUCUAUUCAUGAUGCUGGAAAUGCCACUGGCAUCCAUUAAGUCUGUAUUCUCCUCAAAAAGGACUCGACAAAUUGACGUCACGCCGCUGAACAAUUUCAACAUUCAUAAAGGAGAACUGCUGACUCAAAACACGAUUCAAGGAACGUGCAAAUUGUGGUCCAUUGCAGAAACGAACAACACAGGAUCCUACUGAGAACUAGUUCGAUAGACGAUUUUUUUCAUAUUUUUGUAAAAUAAAAUA